AUGGCUGCUCUGACAGCCUCGCAUUUCCGGGGACGGUGCACAGGACAGAGGGUGUUCCCGUGGACGCUCCAGGUCCCUAAGGAGGGCGUCCGGCUGGCCUGGAACAGCCAGGACGAGCGUGGGGACAGUGCGGGAGGUGGACCUGCCGUGGGCGGUGGUCGCGCGCGAGCCGGGACACCCUCAGGCUCUGAAAAGCGGCCGUUCCUCAGCUUCCAAGCUGGAAACAUCUCCAACUACACCGCCCUUCUGCUGAGCAGGGACGGCAAGACCCUGUACGUGGGUGCCCGAGAGGCCCUCUUCGCACUCAACAGCAGCGUCAGUUUCCUGCCAGGCGGGGAGUACCAGGAGCUGCUGUGGCGCGCAGAUGCCGAGAGGAAGCAGCAGUGCAGCUUCAAGGGCAAGGACCCACAGCGUGACUGUCAAAACUACAUCAAGAUCCUCCUGCCUCUCAACAGCAGCCACCUGUACGUCUGUGGCACUGGGGCCUUCAGCCCCCUGUGCACCUACGUGAAUGUGGAGAACUUCACGCUGGCACAAGACAGGGCGGGAAGCAUCCUCCUGGAAGAUGGGAAGGGCCGUUGUCCCUUUGAUCCCAAUUUCAAGUCCACAGCCCUGGUGGUUGAUGGCGAGUUGUACACUGGAACAGUCAGCAACUUCCAGGGGAAUGACCCGGCCAUCUCCCGGAGCCAAACCCUCCGCCCCACCAAGACAGAGAGCUCCCUCAACUGGCUACAAGACCCAGCAUUUGUGGCCUCAGCCUACAUUCCGGAGAGCCUGGGCAGCGUGGAAGGGGACGAUGACAAGAUCUACUUCUUCUUUAGCGAGACUGGCCAGGAGUUUGAGUUCUUUGACAACACCAUUGUAUCCCGCAUCGCCCGCAUCUGCAAGGGCGACAAAGGUGGCGAGCGGAUCCUGCAGCAGCGCUGGACGUCCUUCCUGAAGGCCCAGCUGCUGUGCUCCCGGCCUGACGAUGGCUUCCCGUUUAACGUGCUGCAAGACGUCUUCAUGCUGAGCCCAAACCCCGAGGACUGGCGUGACACCCUCUUCUAUGGGGUCUUCACCUCUCAGUGGCACAGGGGGACCACAGAGGGCUCUGCCAUCUGUGUCUUCACCAUGAAGGACGUUCAUAGGGCCUUCAGCGGCCUCUACAAAGAGGUGAACCGUGAGACGCAGCAGUGGUACACUGUGACGUACCCGGUGCCCACGCCCCGGCCCGGCGCGUGCAUCACCAACAGUGCCCGGGAGAAGAAGAUCAACUCAUCCCUGCAGCUCCCCGACCGCGUGCUCAACUUCCUCAAGGACCACUUCCUGAUGGAUAGCCAGGUCCGGAGUCGCCUGUUGCUGCUGCAGCCACAGGCCCGCUACCAGCGCGUGGCAGUGCAUCGCGUCCCUGGCCUGCACCACACCUACGACGUCCUCUUCCUGGGCACCGGUGAUGGCCGGCUGCACAAGGCGGUGAGCGUGGGCCCCAAGGUGCACAUCAUUGAGGAGCUGCAGAUUUUCUCACCAGGACAGCCCGUGCAGAACCUGCUCCUGGACCCCGACAGGGGCCUGCUGUAUGCUGCCUCACACGCAGGUGUAGUCCAGGUGCCCGUGGCCAACUGCAGCCUGUACCGGAGCUGCGGGGACUGCCUCCUUGCCCGGGACCCCUACUGUGCUUGGAGCGGCUCCAGCUGCAGGCACAUCAGCCUCUACCCCCGUGAGGCAGCCUCCAGGCCAUGGAUCCAGGACAUUGAGGGGGCUAAUGCCAGGGGCCUCUGCAACACUUCCUUGGCCAAGGCCCGGAUCUCUCUACCAACAGACGAGACGCUGUGUGAACAAGUCCAGUUCCAGCCCAAUACGGUGAACAGCUUGGCCUGCCCCCUCCUCUCCAACCUGGCAACCCGGCUCUGGCUGCACAACGGCGCCCCUGUCAAUGCCUCAGCCUCUUGCCGGGUGUUGCCCACUGGGGACCUGCUGCUGGUGGGCAGCCAGCAGGAGCUAGGGGUGUUCCAGUGCUGGUCAUUGGAGGAAAACUUCCAGCAGCUGGUGGCCAGCUACUGCCCAAAGAUAGAGGACACGGUGGCACAGCAGAGUGGAAAAGCGCCUGCCGUCAUCAGCACAUCGCGGGUGAGUUCACCGGCCCAAAGUAAUGCCAGCUGGCGUGUGGACAAGUCCUACUGGACUGAGUUCCUGGUGAUGUGCACGCUGUUUGUGUUCGCCGUGGUGCUCCUGAUUUUAUUCUUCCUCUACCGGCAUCGGGGCGGCAUGAAAGUCUUCCUGAAGCAGGGGGAGUGUGCCAGUGUGCACCCCAAGACCCGCCCUGUGGUGCUGCCACCUGAGACCCGGCCGCUCAAUGGUGUAGGCCCCCCCAGCACCUCACUCGACCACCGAGGCUACCAGGCCCUGUUGGAUAGCUCCCCGGGGCCCCGGGUCUUCACCGAGUCAGAGAAGAGGCCACUCAGCAUCCACGACAGCUUCGUAGAGGUGUCCCCGGUGUGCCCCCGGCCUCGGGUCCGCCUAGGCUCUGAGAUCCGGGAUUCGGUAGUGUGACAGCUGACUUCUACAGGAGGCCACCCUGGCUUCCAGGGCCAUGAAUGCUCAGAGCGGAUCGGCUGGACCUCUGCUCCUUGUGGCACCCAAGCGUGGCGCCCAGCCCUUGGGAGCGAUGGAGCCAGCUGGCCUGCUGCUCGCCAGCCCAGACAGCCGUGGCCCAGGAGGUCCUGGCUGAAGAUGGGGGCCCGCCUAGGUGGGCAGAACAGUGCUCCUCAUGUAAACUGAGCCUUUUUUUAAAAAAAAAAAACCAUUGAAAAUGUGAAACGAGAGCGCGCAGAGUGAGAGACAACAGAGUGCCGUGCACACAGCUGCUCCAGUUCCCGGCCCGGCCCGUCUCACGGGGGAUUUGCGGACUCAAAUGAAGUGGUGGUUCGAGACAGAGUUGGGAAGCCGUCAGCAGCUGGCCCCGCUAACUCUGCCUUAUCCUGCUGCUUCAGGCCGCCCCUCUCACCGCAGAGCCAGAGCCCAGCUUGGGCUCUGUGGGUCCUACCUGGCCAGCUGGCCAAGCUGUCAUGGCCAUCUUCCCAUCACCUCAGGGACCAGAGGGCUCCGCUGGCAUUGCGGCCCUCACAAGGCCCUGGGCUCCAGCCACCUUCCCAGCCUGCAUCAGGCUGCGGCCACAUGAGAGAUCAGGCAGCAUGAAACCAGGAGUUCAUGACGAUGUACACCUUCCCCUUGGAAUUUUGAGAAGAGACUGUUGCCUUCCUUCCUCCGUCCAGCCUGAGAACCCGUGUGUCCCUGUCCCCAUAUCCACCCCAGCCUCGUCUUUGAGCCCAGGCCCGUCACCCCCACACUUUGCCUGCCUCCACUCUAAGGGAUAGUGGCGCUACCCCGCACAGGGGCCCUGAGUUUAUGUGGGUUUUAUAUUUUUUUAAGACGCACUUUACUUUUUUUUUUUUUUUAAUAAAAUCGAAAGAAUUAAAAUUGAA